GGUGGAGCAGAGAGAGACAGCCUCCCUGAGCUGUGAGGCAGAAGUGAUGGAUUCAGCGCACCAAAAAAGAAGUGACAGUCUCUCCUAACAGGCCACUGGGAGUACACCACCUGACCUUGAAUCCUACUGUAUCAACCGCCUAACUGAAGCAAGAAACUUCAAUGGACUUCUAACCAGAACAGCUGAACUCAUGAGAGACGUCUAACAACUGGCUUCUUCACACCUCUUCACCGAUGGAAUGGACUAAGAGCGGCUGACGGAAAACAAGGGAGGACACCUGGGCCAUGUGACAUUCCACCACCAGGACCAAGUCUUGUUUAUACACGAUACUUGGCUAUAAGCCGGAGUGACCCAAAUGGAGCGCCCUUCAACCAUCCUGCUCGCCCUCCUUGUAGCUUAUGGACUGGUCUCUUGUAGCCACCAGACUCAAGGCAGCCCAGAACAUAGCCAGCACCAACCGAGCACUCAGGAAUUUGCAAGCAGUGAGGAUGGGCUCGAGAGAGAAUUCCUCUACGCGGGACGGAGCAAGCGGGCUCCAGUCGACACAUCGCAGGACAAGUGCUCCUACACCUUCAUUGUCCCUCAACAGAAAGUGACCGGGGCGAUCUGUGUGAACUCCAAGGAGCCCGAGGCCAUGCUGGGGAGCCGGGUGAACAAGCAGGAGCUCGAACUGCUGAACUUAGAGCUUCAGAAACAAAAGAGACAGAUCGAAACGCUUCAGCAGCUGGUGGAGGUGGACGGGGGCAUCGUCAAUGAGGUCAAGCUUCUGAGGAAGGAGAGCCGAAACAUGAACUCCAGAGUGACUCAGCUGUACAUGCAACUGCUCCACGAGAUCAUCCGGAAGAGAGACAACGCCCUAGAGUUGGCUCAGAUGGAGAAUAAGAUCCUGAACCAGACCUCGGAGAUGCAACAGCUCACCAGUCGGUACAAGGACCUGGAGCACAAGUACCAGCACUUGGCCAACUUGGCGACCAACCAGUCUUCUCUCAUCGCUCAGCUGGAGGAGCAGUGUCAAAGCCGGCCUCCUCCUCGCCGUGUUCCUCAACCUCGGCCACAGCCUCCACCCGCUGCUCCGCCUCUUAACAAACCGCCCCCACUGGCCCCCAUCCCUCGCCCCAACAAACCCAUCAGCAACGAAAUCCAAAGUGACCAGAAAUCUCCACCUGUUCUUCCAACGAUGCCCACUGGCACCCAUAGCCCCUCCACCACCGACAAGCCCUCUGGGCCGUUCAAGGAUUGUCUGCAGGCUCUGGAGGAAGGUCACUCCUCCAGCGGGAUGUACCUGGUGAAGCCAGAGAACACCAACCGCCUCAUGCAAGUCUGGUGCGACCAGCGACACGAUCCCGGCGGCUGGACCGUGAUCCAGAGGAGGCUGGACGGAUCGGUCAACUUUUUCAGGAAUUGGGAGACAUACAAGCAAGGUUUUGGCAACAUUGAUGGAGAGUACUGGCUGGGACUGGAAAACAUCUACUGGUUGACCAAUCAGGGCAACUACAAACUGCUGGUCACCCUGGAGGACUGGUCGGGGAGGAAGGUGUUUGCCGAGUAUGCGAGUUUCCGAGUGGAGCCCGAGGCGGAUUUCUACAAGUUGAGGGUGGGCCGGUACCACGGCAACGCCGGAGACUCCCUCACUUGGCACAAUGGGAAACAGUUUACAACCUUGGACCGCGAUCACGACUCCUACACAGGAAACUGCGCCCACUACCAGAAGGGAGGCUGGUGGUACAACUCUUGCGCUCAUUCGAACUUGAACGGCGUAUGGUACAGAGGAGGACAUUACAGGAGCCGUUACCAGGAUGGAGUCUACUGGGCCGAGUUCCGAGGAGGCGCCUACUCGCUGAAGAAAGUGAUGAUGAUGAUCCGUCCAAAUCCAAAUACCUUCCACUAAAAAUAAUACGGAAACAUAUAAGGACUUGUAACUCAACAGAGGUUUGAAUUUUAAAGUUGAUACCAACAGCUCGCUGGUUGUGUUCAACACAGACAAAAUCUCCACGAACCUCUGAUGUGUGUUGGUGAAGCCAACAUUACGAACUAAAGACACAGGAGAUGCAUCCGGUGAAUACGUUCGAAAAAAUAUCAUAUGAAAUCUGCCAGAUUAUUCAAAACGUAACACCUAUUAAGAAGAACGUGGCCUUGUGUGUAUGACUUGAACAUCUUGAGUUGAACAAAUCUGGGAAAUUUCUGAAGAAAAAAAAUAAAAUAAAAACUUCGGUACUAUUCAGCUUUUUGAAGCUAUGCUCUUGCUAGUUGUAUCUGGACAGGUCUUUGCUUGUAUAUAUCAAGUGUUGUAUUUACUGUAAAAAUUCAGCGGUUUGGUCCUACUUUGC